UCCAAUUGCAUCGCCUCCACUACUCAAAUUUCAGCUUCUCUUACUUCAAACUAUGGGUGCCUCUUUUACAACUCAUCAUGUGCUUUUCUUAGUAUGGUUCUUUCCCGCUACCUUCAGUUUAAGCUUCUUCUUCUUCAAAGCAGAGUCAAUCUCAAAUGUCUCUUGCAAUGAAAAAGACAAGCAAGCCCUUCUAACUCUCAAACGUGGUCUCACUGAUCAUGAACACGUCCUCUCAUCCUGGUCUGACCAUAAAGAUUGUUGUAUAUGGGACGGAGUUUCCUGUGACAAUAAAACUGGCCGAGUCACUGAGCUCCACCUCAAUUAUUCGAGGUUAGGCGGAGAGAUUAGUGGUUCGUUGCUCCAAUUAGAACAUUUGAACUACUUGGAUUUGAGUAACAAUGACUUUAAUUGUACUCCUAUCCCAACUUUCCUUGGUUCAAUGUACAGUCUCACAGAUCUUGACCUCUUAGGCGCUAACUUUUGUGGACUCAUUCCUCAUCAGCUUGGGAACCUUUCAAGGCUUCGCUAUCUGUCUCUUGGUUCUAAUUCUGACCUCUAUGUAGAUAACCUUCGUUGGAUGUCUGGUCUCUCUGCCCUUCAAUACCUUGACCUGCACUCAGCUGACCUUCACAAAGAAGUUGAUUGGCUUCAAAUAAUGAGUAAGUUCCCAUCUCUUUCAAAGCUAAACUUGCAAAAUUGUCAACUUGAUAGCCUGAAUCCAUCUCUUGGAUUUGUCAAUUUCACGUCUCUUCGAGUCCUUUCUCUUUCUGAUAAUCAUUUCAAUCAUGAGAUACCUAAUUGGUUCUCUAAUCUCAGUACAAGCCUCUUAAGGCUUAGCCUGUACGGCAGUUCUUUGAAAGGCAAUAUACCGCCUAGCAUAUUCAAUUUAGAGAAAUUAGAAUAUCUCGAUCUUAGUGAUAAUUCUUUGAGCGGAAAAAUCCCAGAUUCGCUAGGGCAGCUUAAGCAUCUAAUAUAUCUCGAUCUUAGAAUCAAUCCUUUAAGUGGUCCUAUUCCUUCAUCUGUUGGGAAUUUAUCUCAAAUGCAAGUCUUACUCCUUGGUUUAAAUAAAUUAAAUGGCACCGUUCCAAAGAGUCUUGGACUUCUCUCAAAUCUAUUUGCGGUGUCUAUUUCAUUUAGUUUCUUCACAGGCAGUCUAGAUGAAGCACAUUUCUCCAAAUUAGGGAAAUUAAAACAACUAGAUAUCUCUUAUACACCUUUGUUCUUUAAUGUGAAUUCCAAUUGGGUUCCACCUUUUCAACUUGAAUAUGUUGACAUGAGCUCCUGUAAGAUAGGUCCUAACUUUCCUACGUGGCUACAUACACAAAGAUCCCUUUGGCUUUUAUUGUUGCCCUUGUCAGGAGUUUCGGGUAAAGCUCCAAGCUGGUUUUGGGAUUGGAUUUCAAACAUUCAUACGGUUGAUCUCUCUAAUAACCACAUAGAAGGGGAUGUACCGGACAUUUUGUUGAAUUCUACUAUUUUGAAACUAAGAUCUAAUCACUUUAAGGGGCGGUUGCCAAGAUUGUCUGCAAAUGUUGAAGUGCUCAAUCUAGCUGACAAUUCAUUUUUUGGACCUAUUUCCACUUUCUUGUGCCAAAAGAUGAAUAAAAAAAAUAAAGUGAAGGUUUUAGAUGUAUCAAACAAUUUCUUACUUGGAGAACUCUCUAACUGUUGGAGGUAUUGGCAAUCUUUGAUCCAUUUAAACUUGGGGGGCAAUAAUCUAUCAGGUAGAAUUCCUUAUUCUCUGGGGUCUUUAGUUGAACUCAAAUCAUUGAGUUUACAAAAUAAUAGCAUCUAUGGGGAUAUUCCUUCGUCAUUGAAAAGGUGCUCAAAAUUAGGGCUCAUUGAUAUAGGUGAUAAUAAUUUUUCGAGGACCAUACCACUCUGGAUUACAAAAUUGACACAACUUAUAGUUCUCCGUCUAAGAUCCAGUGGAUUCAAGGGAAAUAUACCUCAAAAUAUAUGCCAACUUUCUUUUCUUAGAAUAUUGGAUCUUGCAAAUAAUAGCCUAUCAGGGCCCAUACCAAGUUGCUUUAAAAAUAUCAGUGCCAUGGUUAUGCCUGACCCUGAAAAUCAAGAUGUUUAUUUUGACAGUUUAGAGUACGAAUAUGACUAUGGCUCUUACCUUGAGAAUCUUAUGCUGGUUCCAAAAGGACAUGAACUACAAUAUGAAGAAAACCUUAAAUUCGUGAGGAGCAUAGACCUUUCAAGUAACAAAUUGUCUGGAUCAAUUCCUGUGGAAAUUUCAGUUCUUUUUGAAUUAGUGUUUUUGAACUUGUCUCGAAAUCAUUUGAUGGGCAACAUACCAGAAAACAUUGGGAUAAUGAAGAAGUUAGAGUCAAUUGAUUUCUCACAAAAUCAUCUAUCAGGUGAAAUUCCACCAAGUAUGUCUAAUUUGUCAUUUCUUAAUUACUUGGAUUUGUCAUACAACGAUUUCUCAGGUAGAAUUCCUUCAAGUACCCAACUUCAGUCUUUUGAUGCUGUCAGAUAUUUUGGCAAUCCUCAAUUGUGUGGUGCUCCUCUUCCAAAAAGAUGCAUACCACCAAUUGGAGAAUCUCAUAAUAGAACAUCAAUUGGAAAAACAAAAGAAGACUCUGAAAGUUCUAGCUUCUAUAUGGGUAUGGGUGUUGGAUUCGCAGUUGGCUUUUGGGGAGUUUGUGGAGGUCUCUUCUUGAAUAGGACAUGGAGGCAUGCUUAUUUCAAAUUUGUUAAUGACAAAAAGGAUUGGUUUUAUGUGACUACAAUACUAAAGGUGAAAUGGUUACUGGAAAAGCUAAGAAGUGGCCACCUUAGUAAGUGAAGAACAUCAUUAUCUAGCUAAAAGGUGCAAACAUCACCUAUUGGGAUGUUUUUUUGGAUUAUUUGUGAAGAUGUUAUGUGUGUAUUAUGUUAUGUAGAUUCCCAUUAUACAGGGGAUCUUGAUUGUAGAAGGUCCAUGAGAGACUAUGUGUUUGUGUUUACUGGUGGCCCAAAAUGCUGGAAAUCAAUUCUACAAGAUACAAUUGCUCUAUCCACUACAAAGGCGGAAUAUAUGGCAGCAACAGAGGAACCAGUUUGGCAAACCGCAAACAUUUGUAUCUCCUUACUUUUAUAGUGAAACUUUCUUUGUUGUUGCCCAUGGAUGUAGGCAGUUUGCUGAACCACAUAAAUGCUGGGGUUCUUUGUGUAUGUGUAUGCCCAUUAUUUAUUGUUGUUAAUUUGAAUAUUGGGGUGCUAUUUCCACAACAAUUUGUGUAGAUC